GAACGACAGUCGGAAAACUUGAAGCAUACCGUACUUCCGGCACUAGAUACCGUUGCUAAAAAUAUGGAGCCCCAUUCACUCACACCUAUUUCCACUUCCCUCCUCCUCAAAAUUCGUACAUUUGGACCCCAAACAUUUGAUAUACAUCUUUUCUACUGUUCAUAACGUUGAUUGUCGAUCAAUUUGGUGUUAGUUUAAUCAAAUCCGAGUGUGGAAAUGGUGAGGAGCGACAUUUUGACGUUGAAGGCCGAUGAGGUGACGUCGGAGAUACUCAAUGCCGAUAUCACUGAGCUGAAGCUCGCCGUAGAGACGCUGUUAAAUCAUGCCAGUAAGCUCGGCGGGUUAGGGUUCGGCACUUCCUUGCUUUCGUGGGUUGCAUCCUUCGCUGCUAUGUAUUUGUUGAUACUGGAUCGAACAAACUGGAGAUCAAACAUGCUAACAUCACUGUUAGUACCUUACAUAUACUUCAGUCUCCCUCCAUCGUUAUUCCACUUCUUAAGGGGACAAUUUGGGUUGUGGGUCGCAUUCAUUGCAGUUGUAUUAAGGCUGUUCUUCCCACGUCAUUUCCCAGAUUGGUUGGAGAUGCCUGGAUCAUUGAUUCUUCUUUUGAUAGUUUCUCCGGGUUUAUUUGCUGAUGCGUUUAGGGGGAGUUGGGUUGGGGUUGCGAUUUGUCUUUUGAUUGGUUGUUAUCUUCUUCAAGAACACAUUCGUGCAUCUGGUGGAUUCAGGAAUUCUUUCAUGCAAAGCCAUGGGAUAUCGAACACCAUUGGUAUUCUUCUUUUGCUUAUCUACCCAAUGUGGAGGCUCAUCAUUCGAUUUGUUUGAAAUUUUGCUAAAUUUUAAGUUGUUUUGUUUAGAUAAUGUUAGUAUUUUAUAAGUUUGUUUAUAUGUUAUUUAAUUCUUAUAAAGUGUGACCAUAUUCAAUUUUAUAAGUUCGUUUAUAAGUUAGUUUAUUGUAAAGUGUUGUAUGGUAAUUGGUAA